UCUCUGUUACACCAUUCUACCUUUUAAAACCCUCCUAUUGAUUCCCAAUUCCUAAAAAUACCAAUUUCAGAGAUGGCGGUGACGCCUGAGCAAAACUCAUCAGCUGCUUUUAUAGAAACUGUGGAUGAGAUAAUGAGAAUCUACAGAUCAUUACCACCAAGACCCACCAUUGAGGAGGUUGAAGCUGCUGAAUCUGUUCUCAGAACUGUAGAGCGUGAAGAACAGAUGAAGCUUGAGGAUAUCUCCGGAGAGAAGAGACCCAAGGAUGUCCCAGAAGAGCUUUUCUCUGUAUUGCAGGAAGUGAAGAAGAACAAGGUCAUUUUGCAGAAUCAUGAGCAAAGUAGAGAGGCUCGUUACUUGGUUGAUCUUGACAAGAUGUUUCAGACUGUUGAUGAUCUCAUUCAGAGAGCUUCUGGGUUUGUUUCUGGAGAUACCCAGAGUCAGAAACCGUUUGAUUUGGGUACUUCGGUUCCUAAACGUGAAACAAUCGCUGUUCUCGGUGAUCAUAGGCUGAAUGGGAAAAAGGGUAUUGAAGGAGCUGAAUCAGAUGUCCCCAGGGUUUUGAUGCGUAGCUCUUCAGCAAAGGGUGGAGUUCCUGCAGGUGUAGGAGAUUCAGGGAAACUAAACUUAAUGAAGGUCGCAGGCUUAAUCGAAACCUUGGCUAAGACUGGAGCUAAAGUUCUUGACCUUGGAGGAAAGUUAAUGGACCAGAUUGAGAGUCCUCCAGUGUCAAUUGGGAAAUUAUCCGAAGUCACCGAGUUGAACUUGUCUAUGAACCACAUCAUGGCUCUUCCAUCCAGCAUUGGUGGCCUCGAGGCAUUGACAAAGCUUGACAUCCAGUCAAACCAACUGAUAAACCUUCCUGAAUCAUUUGGGGAACUUGUCAACCUUACUGAGCUAGACUUGCAUGCAAACAGAUUAAGUUCUCUGCCAGCUUCUUUCAGGAACUUGACGAAUCUUAUUGUUCUUGAUUUGAGUUCAAACAAUUUAACUGUACUGCCACCAACUCUGGGAAAUCUAACUCGUUUGAAAAGAUUGAAUGUGGAAACGAAUGAGCUCGAGGAACUCCCUUACGCAAUUGGGUCUUGUUCAUCACUUGUGGAGCUGAGAUUGGACUUCAAUCAAAUAAAAGCACUUCCAGAAGCAAUUGGGAAACUUGAAUACUUGGAGAUUCUUACAUUGCACUAUAGCAGACUUACACGAUUGCCUACAACUAUUGGUAAUCUUUCUAGGCUGAAAGAACUUGACAUCAGCUUUAAUGGAGUUGCAAAUCUACCUGAAAACUUGUGUCUCGCUACCAAUCUUGUUAAAUUGAAUAUUAGUAAUAAUUUUGCGGAUAUGACUGCCCUACCAAGGUCAAUUGGUGAUCUUGAGAUGCUUGAAGAAUUGGAUAUUAGUAACAACCAGAUAAGAAUUCUACCAGAAUCUUUCAGGUUCUUGUCAAAGCUAAGAGUUUUUCAUGCAGAUGGGACACCAUUAGAAGUGCCACCGAGACAAAUACUUAAACUGGGGGCUCAGGAAGUUGUUCAGUACAUGGCUGAUCUAGUUGCAAUGAAGGAUGUACAAUCUCAGCCACAGAAGAAGAAGGGCGUCUGGUCAUGGUUUUUUGCAUUGGUUUAGUCAUUAGUGGCUACAACAGAAUACUACUAAGAGCAUGAAGCAAUGAAAGCUUGAUUUUACAAUUUCCUCAAUAUUUAAUUUGUAUAGGAGAUGUUCUUGUAAGUUUUCCUUGGAGCUGUGAUUUAUGUUAUUACUGUAAUUGUGCUUGUAUUAAGUCAGCUUGGAGAUCAUGUAUAGCUUGUCAAAUCUUCUUGUCCUCCACUCCUCAUGUAAUAUAAUUUCUCAGAGCUAUUAUACUUGGAUGAAUUUUAUUGGAACUUUCUUUACCUUUUUA